CUAGUGUUAUCCGCAGUAAGAGAAUUUUUAAUCUAACCUAACUCCUGGGAGUCCUCGCCGUCCUCGGCCCCCGCUCAUUCUUUCGCGACUCUUGGCGGAUGGUGGACGUUUCAAAAUACAUUUCUGUAGAUUACAAACUUUCAGAUCGGCUUUCGACGAAAAAGAUGUUUUCCAGAAAAAAGGGCGAGACAGAAAUCAACGUGUUGUUAGACGAACCACUGACCAGUGAUUCGUGCACGAAAGUGGUGAUCGAAAUCGUUAAAUACAUCCUGUAUCAAAAGCAGCAGAUACCGUUCGUGUACGAGGCGCUAGCCCGUAAAUUUCAAACGAAUGUUCAGGCAACAGACAGAAACGCAGUUUCUUUUAAGAACUUGUCCAACACGUUAAAAAAUGUCUCGGAUCACAUAUCUUCGCAGUUCUUCCUUGAGGGCUGCGACAUGAAAGAAGUUGCCGUUCUACUCGGUGCUACGAUAUUCUCGCCGAAGGUUUACAUCGGGAUAGAGUUUCCGCCGUACAUUCUCAACAGCAAGCAGCAUAAGGAAUAUCAACACUCCUCGAGAAAGCCGCUCUUGAAGCUGAUGAAGGCCAUAUUAGAAUGCGAAGAGUUCCAAGAGGCAAUGAGUGCUCCCUUAGGUGUGACAAACACGUUCAUCAUGUUGAAGAAAAGUGAUCGUAACUCGGUGUCGGAUUAUUUCUUACCUAAACCACAAUACACACCACCUACGGAGACAACAAGAUUAGAUUGCUUCAAGAUUAAAUUGUGCCACGAUAAUCAGGUGGACAUACCAUGCACGUGUCGGACUCUCAUUAAAAUAUAUCAUGACUCAUGUAAGACUGAUUCAGAGAAUGAAACCGACGUGCAAUGUAGUCAGUACAAUGGUUCUACUCAGUCUUUAUAUCAGUGGUAUCAGUCAAAGCAGGUCAUAAGAGGAUUUAAAUUCUAUUCAUGACCGUGAUUUCUAUGACACAAUUUUAGCAAACGCAUAAUUAGAAAUUUUUCUAAAACAAGAUGAUCAAUUUUUUAGGAAAUAAAAUUAAAUAGAUUUUUGAUUAGAAUUAGUACAAAAGACAGUAUUAAAUGGCAACAUGAUUAAUAGUAAAGGUUUUUUUACUAUAUGCAAUGACAUUGCAAUGACGCAAAUAUGGCUCGACGAUUGCCCCGGGGUCGUAUGAUAGAAAUUUCCAUUCACUAUCUCAGAGAGCUGAUAUAAUAUUUUUAUCCACGUCGAACACCACGUAACGUACACAUGAUAAGUCUUAUUACAUGUCAGUUUAUAUAAUCGAAAUAGCAGUGCAAAAGAUUACUUAAUAACGAGAGAAACAUUUUAUAGAUUGAUUUUAUAGGUUUAUUAUGAGGUAGACAAGAAUAAUUGUUGCUGACUGAUUGUAAUGUAGAAUAUUGUAAUUGACUUGUAUCAACUUGACUUGUAUUUUUUUAAUCAAUUGUAUACAUAAUAAUAAUGUUACAUUUUUUA